AAGACGACUGAGAAGUCCGACACCGAGACAACCAUUUCAAAACGCGGACGCUUAGAGAGAGAGAGAGAGAGAGAGAGAGAGAGAGAGAGAGAGAGAGAGCGACUGCGUACUUUUUUGAAUUUUCAGAGAAUCUACCUUCAAUUUAUUUAGUUAGAAGAGGCAAACCCCAAGUUCCUUGAAAUCUUACAGAGAGGGAGAAGACUCAGAGAUCUGAGCGGAAAACGUCUUCGCAGAUCGCAAACUAGGGUUCGAUCUCGAUCUCGAUCUCGAUCGAUCCCUAAAUAUAUAACCGUCAAGUGUUCGAUUCUGAUUUCAAAGGGUCUUUACUUUGUUUUAACCUUGGGUGCUUUCGAGUGAUCGAUGGCUGCGAUCGAGGACUUGUCGGAGCUGGCCGAUUCGAUGCGCCAAGCGGCGGCGCUACUCGCCGACGAAGACGUCGACGACGCUUCAUCUUCUAGAAGGCCCUCCACUUUCCUCAACGUCGUAGCACUCGGCAAUGUUGGUGCUGGUAAAUCCGCUGUAUUGAACAGUUUGAUUGGGCAUCCCGUAUUGCCUACUGGUGAAAAUGGAGCUACGCGUGCUCCUAUAUGCAUUGAUCUUCAGCGAGACACUGCUUUGAGUAGCAAAUCCAUUAUAUUGCAGAUCGACAAUAAGUCCCAGCAAGUCUCCGCAAGUGCUUUGAGGCAUUCUUUGCAGGAUAGACUGAGUAAGGGCUCUUCUGGCAAGAGCCGAGAUCAGAUACAUUUGAAGCUGCGGACGAGUACAGCACCACCUCUGAAGUUGCUUGAUUUACCUGGGUUGGAUCAGCGCAUCAUGGAUGAUUCAAUGAUUAGUGAAUAUGCGGAGCACAAUGAUGCCAUUUUGCUUGUUAUUAUACCUGCAUCUCAAGCACCUGAAGUCGCAUCUUCUCGAGCCCUGAGAGUUGCAAAGGAAUAUGAUGGAGAAGGUACCAGAACCAUUGGUGUUAUUAGUAAAAUAGAUCAAGCUGCAAAUGAUCAGAAGUCACUGGCUGCAGUUCAAGCACUCCUAUUGAAUCAGGGUCCUGCAAAAGCAUCAGAUAUUCCAUGGGUUGCUUUGAUUGGUCAAUCAGUUUCAAUAGCUACAGCACAGUCUGGAUCUGCUGGUGCUGAAAACUCUUUAGAAACUGCUUGGAGAGCGGAGAGUGAAAGCCUCAAGUCCAUACUGACUGGAGCUCCGCAAAAUAAGCUUGGAAGGAUAGCUUUAGUGGAUGCUCUAGCACAGCAGAUUCAGAAUCGUAUGCGGCUUCGGCUCCCUAACCUUCUUUCCGGGUUACAAGGGAAGUCUCAGAUAGUUCAGGAUGAAUUGGCAAGGCUUGGUGAGUCAUUGGUCUCCACUUCAGAGGGCACACGUGCUAUAGCCUUGGAACUUUGCCGUGAAUUUGAGGAUAGGUUUCUACAGCACAUUACCACUGGUGAGGGAGCUGGUUGGAAAGUAGUUGCUUGUUUUGAGGGAAGAUUUCCUGAUAGAAUGAAGCAAUUACCUCUAGAUAGACAUUUCGAUAUCAACAAUGUAAAGAGGAUUGUGUUAGAAGCAGAUGGUUAUCAGCCAUAUCUUAUUUCACCUGAAAAGGGAUUGAGAUCUCUAAUUAAAGGGGUCUUGGAGCUUGCAAAAGAACCAUCACGUCUUUGCGUGGAGGAGGUGCAUCGUGUCUUGCUAGAUAUUGUUUCAGCUUCUGCCAAUGCUACACCUGGUUUAGGAAGAUACCCACCUUUCAAGAGGGAGGUUGUGGCAAUUGCUACGGCUGCACUAGAAGGGUUUAAAAAUGAAGCAAAGAAAAUGGUGGUUGCACUUGUUGAUAUGGAGCGUGCAUUUGUGCCACCCCAGCAUUUCAUUCGUUUGGUACAACGGAGGAUGGAAAGACAACGCCGUGAGGAAGAACUUAAGGGGGGUCGAUCCUCAAAAAAGGGGCAAGAUGGAGAACAAUCUAUUCUUAACCGGGCCAGUAGUCCUCAAACUGGUGGAAGCAUGAAAUCAAUGAAGGAUGAGAAGAAGGACAAAGAGAAGGAAAAGGACAAAUCAGGACAGGGAGAGAAAGAAGGGCAAGAAGGCUCUGGUUUGAAGACUGCAGGUCCUGAAGGAGAAAUAACUGCAGGGUAUUUGUUAAAGAAAAGUGCCAAAACUAAUGGUUGGAGCAGGCGAUGGUUUGUUCUAAAUGAGAAGACAGGAAAGCUUGGGUACACCAAAAAACAAGAGGAAAGGCAUUUUCGUGGUGUUGUUACGUUAGAGGAGUGUAACAUUGAAGAGGCAUCAGAUGAAGAUGAUCCGCCGUCUAAAAGUUCAAAGGACAAGAAAUCCAACGCAGCUGAUUCUAGCAAAGUCACCCUUGUAUUUAAAAUCACUAGUAGAGUUCCAUAUAAAACUGUUCUGAAAACCCACAGUGCUGUUGUUUUGAAGGCUGAAAGUGCUGCUGAUAAGGUUGAAUGGAUUAAUAAGAUAAGCCAAGUUAUAAAAGCUAAGGGAGGACAAAUAAGAUUACCAUCCGAGGGUGGAUCUAUGAGGCAUAGCCACUCUGAUGGUUCCUUGGAAACAAUGGCCCGAAGACCUGCUGACCCAGAGGAAGAACUACGAUGGAUGUCUCAAGAAGUUCGUGGCUAUGUUGAAGCAGUUUUAAACAGUUUAGCUGCUAAUGUUCCAAAAGCUGUUGUCCUCUGCCAAGUUGAGAAAGCCAAAGAAGACAUGCUGAAUCAAUUAUAUAGUUCUGUCAGUGCUCAAAGUACUGCUAGGAUUGAGCAGUUGCUUCUAGAAGAUCAAAAUGUCAAGAGCAGGCGAGAGCGCUACCAGAAACAAUCUUCACUUCUGUCAAAAUUGACAAGGCAACUGAGUAUUCAUGACAAUCGAGCAGCUGCUGCCUCAAGUUGGUCAAAUGGUAGUGCAGAUAGUAGUCCUAGUCCAAGAAGCAAUGGUCCAGGUGAUGACUGGAGAUCAGCCUUUGAUGCAGCUGCCAAUGGCCCUGUUAGCCGAAGUGGUUCACUGAGAUCAGCAUCCAAUGGUCAUAUUGAUCCUGUACAAAAUGGUGAUGUAAACUCUGGUGCAAACUCUGGCAGUCGACGGACACCUAAUCGACUACCUCCUGCUCCUCCAGGUUCUUCCGGAUACAGAGUUUAACAAAUGGCUGACUGGCCACCACUUGACCAUAUGAUUCGUGUUUUGAUACAUUUUUGGAGGGUGAGACUGCUCUCGCCCCAUUCAUACCUUUGAGGGUUAAGGUCACAAUUCUUUGUUUCUGCAGGAUAAUUUAGGUCGAGAAAUGUUUGUGUACAUAGAAGACUAUAGCUUAUUUAGUGUAUGUUUUUGGGUCUUGUCUCAAUUUCUUGAAGCUUGGCAUCAGGGUGGACUUGAAUGCAUCGGUCAUGUUUCUCUACUCAAUAUUCUUUCUUUUCUCUUUCAUUGCUUUUAUUAAUUAGCCGUUUUUUUUAAAGAAAUUUAGUUGAGAAUGCACUUAUUUUUUGGAUGAACAAACUGUAUUAUUAUGCUUGUAAUUACUAAAAUGUUACCCUGUCUCGGAUUCGUUUAAACGACCACUGUAUGCAUUAUUCUAAAUUUCUAAUACAAUGGGGAUGAUCUGUUUCCCGGUUCUUCA